ACAAGGUUGCCAUCUGGACUCAGCUGAAAGGUUAGAUUUUUUGUUAUGGGCCCUACAAAACAAGAAAGGAAGAUGUGCAAGCGGUUCCAUGUUCCUUCUGUAUUUCGAGCAGCAUUCGCCGAAUUUUUAGGCACCUAUAUUUUGGUAGUCAUUGGGAACGGGAGUAUAGCUCAGUCGCAGUUAACCAAAGGUGAAAAGGGUGACUAUUUUACUAUCAACUGGGGAUGGGCUUUGGGUUGUUCUUUAGGGAUGCUGGUGUCAGCCAAUAUAUCAGGAGCUCAUCUGAAUCCCGCGGUGACAAUGGCGCUAUCAUUAGUUCGUCGUUUUCCUUGGAAAAGGCUGCCAGUGUAUUGGUGUGCCCAAUACAUGGGAGCUCUUGCCGCUUCUGGAACAGUUCUCGGAAUAUAUCACGAAGGAAUUUUGGAAGGAAAAGUCAACGGCAAAUUCCGGAUUGAGAAGAACAUUACAGAACCUGGGAUGGCCUCCAUUUUUGCCAACUAUCCAGCCCAUUACUCGUCAGCUAGUAUUGGUUUGAUCGAAGAAAUCUUAUCGACCAUGAUCUUCACGCUCGUCAUAUGCGUGGUAACCGACAAACGAUAUUCAAACGUGCCAAACUUCUUGCAGCCACUCUACGUUGGUUUCACGUUGUUGGCCAUCGGUGUCGCCUACGGAUCCAAUGGAGGUUACGCCCUCAAUCCGGCGCGGGAUUUGGCUCCCCGGUUGGUUUCCUUCCUUGGCGGAUGGGGACUAGGUGUAUUCAGUUUUAGAGACUACAACUGGUUCUGGAUAUUCUUGGUCGGCCCGCAUGUUGGAGCCAUUCUUGGUGUAUGCAUCUUUCACCUGAUUUUGAAGAAUGGCUCAACAGAUAUCAGUGAGCGGGUUUCAUCCAUAGACGUUUCGAUGAUCAAUCCACGUCUAUGGCACCACUUUCCCAACAGAGGACUUGAAGUUGAACCAUCAGAAGAACGGGAAUCUCACAACAGUCACGAAGAGAAUCAUAAAAGCACAGACUACAAUAUUGGGAUGACACUCUGAAAAUUAUACAGGGACCUCCUGCCAGCAAUAACGGCAAUUGCAUUAUUGCCUUUGCCUAUAAUAACAUUGUUUUAUACUACCUACGUAUUAAACUUGUUGUUCGUUCCUUUAAUUAAAAACAAGAAGAAGAAAGAAAAAAUUAUUUUGGAUGAUAGACUGAGAGAAUUAAAUUGAAUAUGGAAACAAACAAAUAAUAAAUAAAGACAUCAUGUUGGCUUUUAAAUUUUAAAAAUUUGCCUUGUAGUUACAGUGAAUCUUAGUAUGCAGGUCAAAGCCGCUGCGUGUUAGUAUAACAGACAUAACGUCGUGAAAAAUGGAAACACUUUCAUCCAGCGCCUGGUCACGCAUAUGUAGUUUAUUAGUCAAGGCGUACAUCCACGCAAAGUCACGCUACAUUCCAUAUGUUGUAGUAUAAGAUUCUUUCAUGCUGCACGAGACGCAGUUUGAUUAAUAAAAACAUUCGAGUCGCACUUGCUUUUUUCUCAAGAAGCUGUUGAAGAUUUCAGUAUGUCGCUGGUAUAUUAUUCCAAAUCGCCAUAUCGUACCUGAUUGACACAUCAUAGC